ACGAUGCUGUUAGCCGAAGUUCAUACAAAAAUUAUUUUUCUGAUUAUAAUCACGUGCUCCUUAUUUAUUUCGGCAUCGGAUUCUGAUAAAGAAAAUAUCUUGGCCAGGAGGAAGCGCUAUGUCGUAUUUCCGGAAGGAUCGAGUUUCUCUAUUGCUUUAUGUAUGACCGUCCAUACUUUAACUCCUGAUAAUAUUUUUACGGAAGGUCUUAACUGGGGAAUUUCUUACGAUCUUCCUAAUGAGAGCAAAUCAGAACUGGAGCCAUUCCUUCAACUGAGAAAAGACAAGAUUAAGCCUGGUGAAUAUUACGAGGGUAAUAAAUAUGAUUAUUCAAUGAAUAAUAAGUACAACUAUUAUAAUAAGCCUAGUAAUAUGGUUUGGAAUAAUGAUGGGAAAUACUAUAUGCUGCCUGGUGGAAAGAAAUAUUAUAAAGCCGAUUACCAUUACUUGCAAAGAAGAUAUCGUCGAGAUCUUUAUAAUAAGCUCGAAGUCAUUAUAAAUGCAAUGGGCUUCGACGGGAGAAACUGUAUCCUUCGUGCACUUUGUGAGGCCUCGCAACGCUUCAUGCCAAAAGGAAACAGCUUAGUCGAGGAGAUGAUGAGGAUCGUUUUCACAUUACCGCUGAAAAGGGUCUUUUCUUUCGAACCGGAGGAGCAUCACACGUACACGGAUGCUCAUAAAGCCGGCCACAAGGGUGGAAACUGCGCAGCCAUGUUCCCCGGAUGCAGCUUUUCUCUUAUAGACAUGGCCCUCGGGAAAUAUAACGCCCCAGACAGCGCGGACAGACCUUACCCCUCUGACGGCAAUCCGGAUGUUUCCGAAGGGGUCACCGGAACUUUGGAUACGAGACGCGUCGAUGCUCUGGCACCGGAUCUACGAUACAUCAUGAAGUGAGCGCGCGCGCUUUAAGGAAUAAUACAUUCGGCUCUUCAUUUUUAUUUUUGACCCGCGAACCACCGAUAGGCAUUUUUCCAACAUACUUCCAUGCCAUCCGCAUCGAUGGCAUGUUACUUGCAUCUCUACUUCUCCUACGUUAUUGGAUCUGUGCGCUUUGCACUUGGCACUUUGCGAAUUUUUUCCACCUUCGGCAAUGCGAGAAACAAUUUUUCUAGAUAAAAAUAUGUACGUAGCUAAAGAAAUAGAAUGU